AUGGGCUGCGGCUCCUGCCGCCACGCGCCGCUGCUGGGCGCACCCUCCGACGGCAUGCCGCCGCCGCUGCCUUCGGAGGGGCCGCACUCCAUGAGGGUCGUCUGCACCGGGGCGUCGCUGCGAGGGAGGCCCGUGGCGCAGCGCUGGAACUCCAACGCGCAGCUCCUGUGGCGCGUGUGCGGCUCGGGCGCGGCCGUGCCCGAAGCGGCCGCGGACGGCCACGGCGGCGGCGGAGACCUGGCAGGGCGCGAUUGGUUCUACUUGACUACCUCGACCGACGUCUAUCACUUCGGCGUGUUCAAGGACAGCUGGGCGCGUGUGCGCGCGUACGGGAGCAAGGAGGUCGCGGCGGAAACGCUCGUGCAGCUGUCUGAGAAGGAGAAGAUCCUGCGCUUCGUGAUCUUCGUCGGGGGAGUUGAUGAGCUCACGCUCAUACGCUGCGGCAGCGGCGCAGGCGCGACCGUUUCAGUGGAGCCUGGCACUGCGCGGCCUGGAGAUUUCACCUGGACAGUUACGCAAAGGGAAGCGCGCAGGAAUGGCAGGCUCGUGCUGGUAGUGCAGCCUAGCCGCGACUACGAGUACAUGUCGCUGCAGAUCUUGGAGGAUGAUUCCGAGCAGAGGACCAGAGGUACCGACCGCAACACCCCGCCGCCGGUGGCCUCGGACCUGUCUCUUGCAGAGGUUGGCGUCACGGAGCGAGGGGCGCAGCCGGAGGCGGCAGAGGCGGCGCUGAAGAAGCUGCCGCCGGCGCAGGGGCAGGCGCUCGCUGCGCUGGCGGAGCAGAGCGUGCGGCGCGGCAUCGACUACGCCUCGCUCGGGCUCGGCUGGGACCACCCGCAGACGCGGCUGGCCUACCGGAGCGCGCAGGGCGGCUCCUUCACGCACAAGGCUCGGGGGAGCAGGAACUCGUGA